AUGGCGGCAUUGAGGGUUUCGCUGGCUGGUUUGGCGAGGGGGUCUGGCGCUGGCGGGCGCAUGAUGUUUUCGACGACGAGGGCGGUUGCGAGCUUGUCGGCGAGUGUGAAGCAGAGCAUCAAGCGAGAUGCAGCUCUGCCGAACCCCGAUCCCGCUCCAGAUUCUCCCAGCGCGGCGCUCGUCAACGAAUUCGCGCCGUACAUGGUCGCGACAUAUGCCCGACCGCCGCCUGUCUUUGUUCAGGGCGAGGGGUCGUGGUUGUGGGAUAUUGAGAAUCGCAAGUAUCUUGAUUUUACGGCGGGAAUUGCUGUGACGAGUCUGGGGCACAGCGAUCCUGAGUUUGCGGACAUCAUUGCCCAGCAGGCCAAGUCACUGAUCCAUGCUUCGAACCUGUACUACAAUCCCUGGACCGGCGCGCUGUCGAAGCUGCUCGUCGAGAAGACACUUGAGGCCGGAUGCAUGCACGAGGCAUCAAAGGUCUUCAUCUGCAACUCCGGUACCGAGGCCAACGAGGCCGCCAUCAAGUUUGCCAGGAAAGUGGGCAAGAUUGUCGAUCCGUCCGGCGAAAAGGUUGACGUUGUGUCGUUCCAACAUGGUUUCCACGGCCGCACUAUGGGCGCCCUCUCCGCGACGCACAACCCCAAGUACCAGAAGCCCUUUGCGCCCAUGGUGCCUGGUUUCAAGCAGGGAACGUACAACGACGUCGCUGGCAUCAAUGACUUGGUUAACGAAAAGACAUGCGGUGUCAUUGUCGAGCCUAUCCAGGGCGAGGGAGGCAUCUACGCCGGCAGCGAGGAGUUUAUGGUGGCGCUCGCCAAGCGAUGCCGUGAAGUCGGCGCUAUCCUGAUCUACGAUGAGAUCCAGUCUGGUCUUGGUCGCACUGGCAAGCUGUGGGCUCACGGCAGCCUUCCCAAGGAGGCCCACCCAGACAUCCUGACCACGGCCAAGGCCCUCGGCAACGGAUUCCCCAUCGCCGCCGUCCUCGUCACGGAGGCCGUCGCCGAAAAGAUCAAGCUCGGCGACCACGGCACCACUUUUGGCGGCAACCCGCUCGCCUGCCGCCUGGCGCAUUACGUCGUGUCCAAGCUCUCCUCUCCCGAGCUCCAGGAGAGCGUGGUGGCCAAGUCCGGCAUCUUCGCGGACCGCUUCGCCAAGCUGCAGGCCAAGUUCCCGGAGCUCAUCACGGAGCACCGCGGCCAGGGACUCAUUCUGGGGCUGCAGUUGACGGAGGAUCCUUCGAAGAUUGUGACUGCUGCGAGGGAGAGGGGGUUGUUGGUGAUUACGGCGGGGACGAACACGUUGCGGUUCUUGCCGAGCUUGGUGAUGACGGAGGAGGAGAUUAACCAUGGGUUGGAUAUCUUGGAGGAGGCUAUUGUUGCUACGCGGUCGUAG